AACAAUACUUAAUGAUUGAGAAUAUCCCUCUAUAUAUACAUCCCUUUCCCCAUAAACCUUGUGAUGAAGGUGUAGACACAAGGCAUGGAUGAGUUCAUGAAUCCUUACUCCGAAGUUCACAAUCAGUUACUAUCCCACAAUUCCAAGAGAAUAAUGAAGUUCCUUCUUAAAUGUUCUCUGUUCUGUGCUUUGUUUUCUGUACUACUUCCUUUACACCUUCACUCCUUGAAACCAUUCCUCAUGCAAUUCUAUAGCUACACCGUCGUCGACAAGACCUACAUCUUCCUUCUCUGCAAUGGCCUUUUGCUUUUAAUAGCCAUGUCUUCUUCACCACCAACCACUCAUCAAACCAUACAACGUCCCAUUCCCAUUCACAUAGAGAAAAGUACCCAGUUAGAAUUCAACGUAUCAUGCAUUGAAGCACCGGUUGCUGCUGAAAACGUUGAUGAAACUGAGUCCCCACAAGAAGAAGAAAAGGUUUUGACGAUUGCUGAACAAGAGAAUGCGGUCUCAGAUACGCAAGAAGAAGAUAAAGAGGAGAGAAACGCCCUUGUGAAAAUUGAUGAACAUGAGCACAGUGCGGAUGACACUGAAGAGUUAAACAAGAAAUGUGAAGAUUUCAUUAAAAGGAUGAAAGCAUCGUUUUCUGAGCCAAGAGCUGAUUACAGUUUUUAUUAUAAUAAUCAGAAAUCGCUGGUGGUUGUUAAUUAAGUAAUUGGGCAUCUCAGAGUUUCGCUUUUUUUCACUCCCUUUUUUCUCUCAACAUUUUCUUUCUUUUCCGCUUAACUAAUAGGGUGUCUUAGUUAUACAAGUUUUUGGUUCUUGAAGCCACCAAGAUUUUUGCUUGUAGGAAUUAAAUCCCUGUCUAAAUAAUUCUCUCAGACUAUGUUCUGUUCUCUGUUCCAAUGGAAAGAUUAAGC